AUGGGCCUGGUGGUGGCUCUGGGCUCAACCUGGCUCAGCAGUCCAGCUCGCUUCCCAGACUGGACGGAGCUAUUCACGAUCUCGAGGAGUCGCCCGGGGCUGGCAGACAAAGGGGAGGCUGGAGACAGACAGCUCCCAUCCCGGGGCGCCCUCCCUCCCCCGAUCGUGGGCCUGCCCGCCUGCCUGCCCGCCAACAGCCAGUCGACCAACCUACUGAGUGCAUCAGUUGUUGGCAAUGCAGCCUCCCGCGGGGACCCCGGAGCCCCGCGUGGUUGGCCCCCCCCUCCAGUGCGGCCUCCCGCGGGGACCCCGGAGCCCCGCGUGGUUGGCCCCCCCCUCCAGUGCGGCCUCCCGCGGGGACCCCGGAGCCCCGCGUGGUUGGCCCCCCCCUCCAGUGCAGCCUCCCGCGGGGACCCCGGAGCCCCGCGUGGUUGGCCCCCCCCUCCAGUGCGGCCUCCCGCGGGGACCCCGGAGCCCCGCGUGGUUGGCCCCCCCCCUCCAGUGCAGCCUCCCGCGGGGACCCCGGAGCCCCGCGUGGUUGGCCCCCCCCCCUCCAGUGCGGCCUCCCGCGGGGACCCCGGAGCCCCGCGUGGUUGGCCCCCCCCUCCAGUGCAGCCUCCCGCGGGGACCCCGGAGCCCCGCGUGGUUGGCCCCCCCCUCCAGUGCGGCCUCCCGCGGGGACCCCGGAGCCCCGCGUGGUUGGCCCCCCCCCUCCAGCGCGGCCUCCCGCGGGGACCCCGGAGCCCCGCGUGGUUGGCCCCCGCCCCUCCAGUGCGGCCUCCCGCGGGGACCCCGGAGCCCCGCGUGGUUGGCCCCCCCCCUCCAGCGCGGCCUCCCGCGGGGACCCCGGAGCCCCGCGUGGUUGGCCCCCGCCCCUCCAGUGCGGCCUCCCGCGGGGACCCCGGAGCCCCGCGUGGUUGGCCCCCCCCUCCAGUGCGGCCUCCCGCGGGGACCCGGAGCCCUGCGUGGUUGGCCCCCCCCCUCCAGUGCAGCCUCCCGCGGGGACCCCGGAGCCCCGCGUGGUUGGCCCCCGCCCCUCCAGCGCGGCCUCCCGCGGGGACCCCGGAGCCCCGGGUGGUUGGCCCCCGCCCCUCCAGUGCAGCCUCCCGCGGGGACCCCGGAGCCCCGCGUGGUUGGCCCCCCCCCCCUCCAGUGCAGCCUCCCGCGGGGACCCCGGAGCCCCGCGUGGUUGGCCCCCCCCUCCAGUGCAGCCUCCCGCGGGGACCCCGGAGCCCCGCGUGGUUGGCCCCCCCCUCCAGUGCGGCCUCCCGCGGGGACCCCGGAGCCCCGCGUGGUUGGCCCCCCCCUCCAGUGCGGCCUCCCGCGGGGACCCCGGAGCCCCGCGUGGUUGGCCCCCCCCCCCCUCCAGUGCAGCCUCCCGCGGGGACCCCGGAGCCCCGCGUGGUUGGCCCCCCCCUCCAGUGCAGCCUCCCGCGGGGACCCCGGAGCCCCGCGUGGUUGGCCCCCCCCUCCAGUGCGGCCUCCCGCGGGGACCCCGGAGCCCCGCGUGGUUGGCCCCCCCCUCCAGUGCGGCCUCCCGCGGGGACCCCGGAGCCCCGCGUGGUUGGCCCCCGCCCCUCCAGCGCGGCCUCCCGCGGGGACCCCGGAGCCCCGGGUGGUUGGCCCCCGCCCCUCCAGUGCAGCCUCCCGCGGGGACCCGGGAGCCCCGCGUGGUUGGCCCCCCCCCCCCUCCAGUGCGGCCUCCCGCGGGGACCCCGGAGCCCUGCGUGGUUGGCCCCCGCCCCUCCAGCGCGGCCUCCCGCGGGGACCCCGGAGCCCCGGGUGGUUGGCCCCCGCCCCUCCAGUGCAGCCUCCCGCGGGGACCCCGGAGCCCCGCGUGGUUGGCCCCCCCCCUCCAGUGCAGCCUCCCGCGGGGACCCCGGAGCCCCGCGUGGUUGGCCCCCCCCCUCCAGUGCAGCCUCCCGCGGGGACCCCGGAGCCCCGCGUGGUUGGCCCCCCGCUCCAGUGCAGCCUCCCGCAGGGACCCCGGAGCCCCGCGUGGUUGGCCCCCCCCUCCAGUGCAGCCUCCCGCGGGGACCCCGGAGCCCCGCGUGGUUGGCCCCCCCCCUCCAGUGCAGCCUCCCGCGGGGACCCCGGAGCCCCGCGUGGUUGGCCCCCCCCCUCCAGUGCAGCCUCCCGCGGGGACCCCGGAGCCCCGCGUGGUUGGCCUCCCCCCUCCAGUGCAGCCUCCCGCGGGGACCCCGGAGCCCCGCGUGGUUGGCCCCCGCCCCUCCAGCGCGGCCUCCCGCGGGGACCCCGGAGCCCCGCGUGGUUGGCCCCCGCCCCUCCAGCGCGGCCUCCCGCGGGGACCCCGGAGCCCCGCGUGGUUGGCCCCCGCCCCUCCAGCGCGGCCUCCUGCGGGGACCCCGGAGCCCCACGUGGUUGGCCCCCGCCCCUCCAGCGCGGCCUCAGCUGGCCCCUCUCGCGUGCUGCGCGCACACUGUCCCCUCUUCUGCGCUGACCCCUCGAGCUGCGCCUCUCCAGGCCUCGCACGCGCUGCUGCUCUCCGACCUCACGCAGCUGGUUCUCUGUCAUCGAGUCUCUUCAAACGUCCCCCCUCUGACCGCCGUGUUCUGA